CUCACGCGCCCCCAAACCCAGUCCAGAGCCACCGCGAUGUCGAACAAGCCCUCCUCGGGCCAGCGGGCGGUGCAGCCGCUCGCCAACAGCAACAGCAAGGCCAACCGCCCCAGCUCCGGUCAGAAGCCGACCGGCAGCCCGUCUGCCAAGCGCGGAUCGCGAGCCAGCGCCGCCGCCGCGGCGGCUCGUGCAAAGGACCCGUUGCGGUACAAGACGGUCGAGUGCGAGAACUGGGCCCGCGACGGCAAGUGCCCGUACGGGGCUCGCUGCCAGUUUGCCCACGGAGCUCACGAGCUCCGGACGGUGCUACCUGCGGCGCCGCUCGGCAGCCCGACGACGAGCGGCAGCAGCCGGCGGUCGAGCAACGCGGCGCCGGCGCUCUACUCCUCGCUCUUCUCGCCCGAGUCGCCUCGCUCGCCAAUCAGCCUCACGCCCUCCAGUCUGCCUCCGCCCCGGCGGUGGCCCGCGCCGAUGCCUCCUUGUGCGCACUCUGCCUGCUCCGCCGCCUCGUCUGGCGGUGAGUACGGCUACCUCACCCCCGACGAGGCGGAGGUGGUCUGCAACCCGGAGACGGGCCGCGUGUCGCACAACACGCUCUCGGUCCGCCGCACCAUCUCGAUGCUCUGGGCGGAGGACGACCACUCGCCUGCCGUCACAAGCAGGCUGCCGGCGGCGCAUGUGCACUGAGCUCUCUCGCGUGGAGGAGGCUUAUCCGCCCCACCUCCUCCUCCCCCGCCAACCGUCCCCUUUCCCCCCCCCUCUUCUGGGGCCGGCGGAACUGGCCCAGCUGACGACGGGCCGCACGCGCGGAACCACUCGCUGGUGAGCAUGCCGACGUCGGUCCAAUUUGAGCCCCCGCCCUGCCUCUCAAUCUAUUUAUCCCACGGCAGAGUCCAGAGAGAGAUCAAGUAGAGUCGGCAUCUCUCGUGCGCGCCGAGAUACUAUUCCAGUAAUCCUUGUGAGCGGUCGGGAGAUAGCAGAUAGGACAAGUGGACAACGCGGGCGCGUGGCUGCAUGUGUCCGCCGGGUUCGUAUACCGUCCCGCCGGGGCCACACGUCUCACUGACACGUGCGAUGAAGCGCGGGAUGACCGAUAUGUGGGGAGACUGUUUUCAAAAAGUUUUUUAACAGUUUGUUCUCAUCUC